AUGGAGCCUCUCGUCCUCGCACCUCUCAACUCGCUUGAAUCCAACCUCAACUCCCUCAUAACCUCCCUGACUCAAACCAACACCUUCACCAAUGCGCCUCAAAUAGCAAAAGACCUUCUCACCUCCGACGACAAUCUCACGUCAUCUCUGCGCCUCCUACAACGACACCAACAAAAUUACGCGCGAAUUUUGAACCUGCGCGCCGAAGUGGCGGAUCUACAAGAACAGCUCAAGGAGACGAUCCGGCGCUGCGUCGCCCUCAGGCAGGAGCUCGGUCAGAUACACCCAUCGAUACUUGAUACGUCGGAUUCAGACGAAGAUAACGAUAGAAACACCAAGGUCGCAGAAGUCGAUUACCACACGCUCCUAGCCUUCGCGGCGCGAAUAGGCAAACAUAACGCCGACGCCGCAAGGGAAGCAGAAGCCGAAUCUGUGCGGAGGAGGAUCGAAGCGUCACAGGCGAAGAACAAUGCGUCCACGACGGCAAACAGAGUGCCAGGUUCCACAGGGCAAGGCGCUGAAGCGCAGGAUAAUGCGACGGCCGAGACAGAAGCAGAGCUCGAUCGCAUCAACAGCACGAUCGCCCUGAACCGGGCACAGAUGGGCAUGGCUUUUCCUGAGGCCAACAUGUUGCGCGUUGGACAGCUGGGCCAGCUCCAACUGUUCCGGGAGCGUCAGGUACAAAGCGGCGGCGGGGACGAGAUCGUGCAGGCAGCUGUCGAGCGGGAAGUGGAAAGGAUGGUGCGGGAGACCGAGGACAUUGCGGACGCGAAGAUGGAGGAGAUCGAAGAAGCGGGUUCCAGCUCCGGCUCCGGCUCAGGAGGUGCCCGGCUAAGUCCAGAGGCGACUCGAUGGUCUACAGCAGGAACCACCGGCGCAAAACAGCCCUCCUCUGGGGGGCGGCUGUCGCAGAAACGACCUAGCGCAUCUACUGAGCAGAAGCCUAAGAAGAAAGUCGACCUUGAUCUCCCCAGUAGUGACGAUGAGGACGAGGACUAG